UGCGGCCGCAGGAAGCCCAGGGUCACCCCUCCAUGAGGCCUCAAAGGCCGACACCCGGCUGGUGGCCCCCUUCCCCAACCUGAGAUGAGACCCGAGGACUGUGGGCAGGAAGAGCCUCUAAGAGAUUCUUACUUUCCCACCACGAGGCGCAGCCUCCAGCCCUGCCCUUCUGGUCCUCCUCUGCUUUCCCAGCUUUGGGCUCAGAAGAUCCUUGCGGGAGCCCUGAAGGAGGCUGGGGGCUUUCAAGGACGCUCAGCCUGCCUGGGGAACCCGUUUGCCAAGCCUGCUUGCAGCUCCCUGGCCUGGCGGCUGCAUUAUGAGGCCUGGGCGCCCUCCCCCUGCACUGGGGCGGAGGAAUGUGCGUCCCAAGCUCACUAGGGGUUUUCCCUCCUCUGGCCCCAGUGCCAUCUGCAAGCCUUUGUCCUCACGGGUGCUGUCACCCACCGCCCUGCCAAGCUCACCUGCUCGCAGAAAGCUGGCCCGGCAGGCUGCCCGCCAAGCUUUUGGUUGGAGUGUGGUGCCCCUCCCUCUAAAGCCCCCUGCCCUCCCACCCAGCCCCAGCAGGGCUUCCAGCAGACUCCGCAUUGCUGAGGCACCGACUGUGCACCAGGCCCGACCCUCGGGGUCUCCAGCGCAGCCCUGGGCCCCCAGGCGGGCCAGUCCGCCCCGCCCCUCACUGCGCUGGGGGCCGCCCGGACGGUGUGCCUGAGCCUGUGCCAGCCCGCCCCACCUGCAGCCUCAGCCCAAUGGGGUGGUGAGCGCCCUGCUCUGCUCCAGUGCCAUGUGGCCCAAUGGCAGCUUUCCAGGGCCCUGUUUCCGGCCCACAAACAUCACGCUGGAGGAGCGGCGGCUGAUCGCCUCCCCUUGGUUCUCUGCCUCCUUCUGCGUGGUGGGCCUGGCCUCCAACCUGCUGGCCCUGAGUGUGCUAUUGGGCACGCGGCAGGGCGGCCCGCACACACGGUCGUCCUUCCUCACCUUGCUCUGCGGCCUGGUGCUCACGGACUUCCUGGGGCUGCUGGCCACCGGCGCCAUCGUGGUGGCCCAGCACGCCACCCUCUUCGACUGGCAAGCCGUGGACCCCCACUGCCGCCUCUGCCACUUCAUGGGCGUCCUCAUGGUCUUCUUCGGCCUGUGCCCACUGCUGCUGGGUGCCGCCAUGGCCUGCGAACGCUACCUGGGCAUCACCCGGCCCUUCUCGCGCCCUGCGGCCGCCUCGCACCGCCGCGCCUGGGCCACGGUGGGGCUGGUGUGGGGUGCGGCGCUGGCGCUGGGCCUGCUGCCGCUGCUCGGCCUGGGCCGCUACACCCUCCAGUACCCGGGUUCCUGGUGCUUCCUCACGCUCGGCGCCGAGCCUGGGGAUGUGGCCUUCGGCCUGCUGUUCGCACUGCUUGGGAGCUUCUCGGUAGGGCUGUCCUUCCUGCUCAACACCAUCAGCGUGGCCACUCUGUGCCAUGUCUACCAUGGGCACGAGGCCGCCCAGCAGCGCCCGCGGGACUCCGAGGUUGAGAUGAUGACUCAGCUCAUGGGCAUCAUGGUGGUGGCAAGCAUCUGCUGGAUGCCGCUGCUGGUCUUCAUUGCCCAGACGGUGCUGUGCAACCCGCCUGCCAUGAGCCCGACAGGGCAGCUGUCCCGAGCCACCGAGCAGCAGCUGCUCAUUUACCUGCGUGUCGCCACCUGGAACCAGAUCCUGGACCCCUGGGUGUAUAUCCUGUUCCGCCGGGCUGUGAUCCGGCGCCUGUACCCUCGCACCAGCGCCCGGCUCAGGUCGCUCUCUCUGCAGCCCCAGCUCACCCUGAGGCCCUCGGUGGUGUAGGGCCUGGACGACAACCCGCCAUGGCUCACGGAAGGACAGCUGGACGCGGUGCCCUGCUGGCGUGUCCCCGCUGAUCCUCGGUCACCCCUGACAGUCCCACCUGCCUGUCUGAAGUUUCAGGGGCCAGGAGUGCAGGACGGACAAAGGGUUUGGGAGGCUGGACUGCAGGCUGCCCUCCGUCAGCCCUGGGGAGCCCCCAACUCCUCCCUGAGCCCCCUCUCCAAGGCCUCUUCCCUCUCUCAGCCCCUUCCCCACCCCAGGAAGGGUGUGUGGGCAUGGUGAGAGAUGCCUGGAGGGAAUUAGACGUAUGAGGCUCCCCUUCCAGAAGUCCUCUGGAAAUGGGGGGCUCUAUGAGCCGAAUAUGACCUUCCCGGGGUAUAGCUGAUUCCUUUUGACACCCUAACCCUAGAAGGCUCUGUCUAGAAGACACCCUCUCUUGCCAAAGUA